AUGGUUGAUUCUGUUCGACCGAUUCAGUUGGCAAGUUUGUGGAAGGCGUAUAAGGUUGUUGGUGCUAUGGUUGCUGUUAAGCGUCAUCAGCCUUCGCCGAUAGUGUUUGAUGGUACGCAGGCUCAAGUUGCUCAUCAGGAGUUGUGGUGGGCGCCUUGGUCGGGUGUUGAUGAGCCAAUGACUCAUCCCAGGCAGAUGGCGUCUGGUAUUCUUGUUGGUGAUAAUUGGACUUCAAAGUAUAUUCGUAAUUGUGUGCCUGUGAGUCAGCGUUUCCAUUAUGAUAAUCGUGAUCCUAAGGGUGGUAUUGAGCAAGUUAUUGAGUUCUUUAAGCCUGGGUCUCCUCCUUGGUUACCUAUAGAUGGAUUUGAACGUGAUGAUACUGGUAAGGAAUCAGGUAAGUUUGCUGCUCAGCAGUCUAUUGGUUUCUUCUAUGUUGAUGGGCCUAUUGACUAUUGCUAUGAAGGGUCGUAA